AUGUCGACGUCGCAUCACUGGGACGCGGAACGCACGGUGCCCGCGGUGAUCAUGGGUUUCUGCGCCCUGGUGGGUAUCCCGGCCAACAUCGCGGUGGUGGCGGCCAUCGGACGAAGGUUUAAGCGAGAGAGUUUCACGCUGACCCUGAUGCUGAGUCUGGCCGUGUGCGACCUUCUGUCUCUGCUCCUGGUGCCUCUGCGGAUGAUGAACUUGCUCGUCGGCUGGAGCCUGGGUGAGUUCGCUUGCAAGCUUCUCUUCUUUCUGAGUCACUGGAGCUUGAACAGCAGUGUGCUGACGGUGACCCUGCUUAGCAUACAGCGUUACCUGCAGAUACUCUACCCACGGCGAUGGGCCAAGCUGGGACCAUCAGGACGAUGGGCCAUGCAAGGUGGGGUUUUGGCGUUAGGGUGCUGCAUUGCUUCCCCUUCCAUUUCCGUGAGGACGGUGAAGAACGACCCAUAUCAGAGGUGUACGGUGGACUAUCGCCGUGUGCUGGUGGAAGCCUUUGUCCUGUUGGGACAAACCACAUUGGGAUUUGUAGUUCCAUUCUCCACGCUGGCCUGUUUUUACCUCUGCCUCCACAAACGGGUGAGACGGUCGCCGUUCUGGAACAGUCCCCGGAUGACCAAACUUGUGACCGGCAUCGUUACAUCUUUCUUCGUUUUCUGGGUGCCCUUACAUUUCUGUAAUCUGCUGUCACUGGUUUGCAUAGCUGGAGGAUGGCAUUAUGUGAAAAAGAUAACGUGUGACAAUAAUUGGGACUACCUGAUAGGCUUCUCUUACCUUUACAUGUGCCUAAACCCCUUCCUUUAUGCCUUCUCGCAUGGACAGCUACAGACUCGCACAGCUGGAUCCUCAAGAUCUACUCAGCCUAGUUAG